GGCAAAAAAGAGACAUAAUACAAAACACAAAAUGCGUAGAAACUAAACAGGCGACGGGCGGCGUCAACCUAACUUGAUGUCAGAGAAUUGAAAAACUCACCGUGUCGGCGUUUGAUUGACGGGUCUCGUGGCCAAUGGCUUGCACGCCGCGUGUGAUUGACGUACGGCUGGGCUGAUUGAACGGUGGUGUGACCAUUGAACGAUCUCGGCUGUGGUGAUUGACAUUCGGCUCAGCCAAUCAGUGCUCUCGGCUGCACUGAUUGAUAGCUGACAUGUUCAGAGUGUGGGGGUGCCCCCAACAGCUGGAAUGAUUGACAAUUUCGAGAGACAAUGGGAGCUGAAGCAUAGCUGUCCCUCUUCCUCCCACCUUCCCCACUUCCUCUCCGGGAUAGAAGUGAUUGAUUAGACAGAGCUAGUGAUUGACGGCGGUCCGAGUCAACCGAGGAGCGGUGUAUUACACAACAGGACUUUGGACUGACCUUAAACCAAUCAAUCUGGUCAAGAGGCAGCAGGCUGGCCUGCUGAGACGCUGCACCAAUCACUGUAAUCUCGGGGCUGGAUGUCUGGUCAUCAUGUUAGGUUGUCUUUUGUGUAUACAGAAGAUGGAUACAGUAUUCAAAGUGUCUACUUUGGAAAUGUGUUUUAUUUCUGGGAAUAUAUCCCUGCACUUGGGCAAGUAAGAUUAUGUGAAGUCCGAGUUGAAUUUAAAGUGGAAUAGUGUUAAAGUGAAUUCAGCAUUGCUGGAAGAUACUUUACAUACAGGUACUGAGAAAUAAAAUGACAGUGGGGACACAUUUUUGGAAAGCAUGAAACAAUUUUGUGGAUACAGUGACGAGAUUGUGCAAUACAGGGGCUACAUUGCAAAGUUUCAAGCAAAAGUAAAGAUCCAUUGAGUAAUGAAGGAGUUGGAGUAACUGCAGUCCUUGAAGAAUGAGAAUUGUGCAAAGAGAUAAUGUUCCAGGACUAGUCUUCCCUGACAGAAGUCUGUAGUCCUCCAGGUGGAAGUUCAGAGAAAGACAGCUGCUUUAUCCACCUUCUCUUCUGAUUAAAGGCACUUCUCACAAAACAAGAGAAGAACAUAGCUACAAGAUUGAGCCAGUGGCCAAAGUACAGUCAAACAUCUUAGAUCCAUGAAUCAUUUCAGUAAUAUGCUCAAUUGCAAAAGAGGAGAUGGCCCAUGAAUUUCUUUCUUCACACAAGGAGAUUUUCAAGAUGGUGGCCACUUACAUCUGCAGUGGUAACAUCAAUGGGAAGGGAAUGACAGAGCGCAUUCACAGCAUCAACCUUCACAACUUCAGCAACUCUGUGCUUGAGACACUAAAUGAGCAGCGAAACCGGGGCCAUUUCUGCGAUGUGACCGUCAGAAUCCAUGGCAGCAUGCUCAGAGCUCAUCGCUGUGUGUUGGCUGCUGGCAGUCCCUUCUUCCAAGAUAAACUUCUUUUGGGCUACAGUGACAUUGAGAUCCCAUCUGUAGUCUCAGUGCAGUCUGUUCAGAAGUUGAUUGACUUCAUGUACAGUGGAGUUCUCCGGGUGUCCCAAAGCGAAGCCUUACAAAUCCUCACAGCAGCCAGCAUACUGCAGAUCAAAACAGUUAUUGAUGAAUGCACCCGGAUUGUGUCUCAAACAGUAGUGAGCAGUGGUUACUCUACAACAAGGGACUCGAACCAAGUAACACCACGAGGAACACCGGAAUCUGGUUCAUCCAGUCAGAGUAGUGAUACUGAAUCUGGCUAUGUACAAGCCCACUCCCAGCGUAAUGUUGAAAGAAUUUAUUCCUCCCUUUAUGCCUGCUCUGGAAUGCCAGUACAAAAUGGCACAGGAGAGAGAUCCCACUACAGUGCUCCAGUGAUUAGCCAUCACAGCACACAACUUGUUAUGCAGAGAGAAGAGAAUCUAACUGAUCCAACAUGGAUAACAAGAAUACAAGAACGAACGCAGCAAAUGGAGAGAUAUCUUUCCACUCCGGAAACUACACAUUGCCGCAAGCAACUGCGGCCAGUUCGUAUCCAAACCAUCGUGGGCAAUGUUCACAUCAAGCAAGAGGCUGAAGAUGAAUAUGAUUAUGAUUACUAUGGGCAACAGAAAAGAAACACUUCAGAACAAAAUGAAUCUGAAGAGUGCAAUGAAGAUACUGACCAAGCUGAAGGUACGGAGAGUGAGCCAAAAGGAGAAAGCUUUGACUCUGGUGUUAGCUCUUCCAAUGGGACUGAAACUGAUCCAAUUGACCAACAGUUCAUUGCUGGCAUAAGCAGAGUGGGACAAUCAGAUGCAAGACCAGCUGAGCAGAAUGAGCUUCCUGCUGAAGACAGCCAGCAGCCUAGCAGUGUGAAUCCUUCUUCCCCAGAUAGAGUUUAUGAAAAUGAAAUGGACACCACAGGGCCUCAAAGCAGUGAUGGAAACAUUGCAAAUGAAAAAGAAUUGCAUCAAGCUGCAAUGAACUCUCUGAUUUCAGUGACACAAAGCACUCAGCCUCUGGCAACUACUCAGCUUUAUCUGAGGCAAUCAGACACGCUUGCCACCAAUUUGAGAAUGCCACUGACAUUAACCAGCACUACUCCAGUCAUUGGCACUGCUGGGAGUACAUACAUACCAACACUUUUUACCACUCAGAGCACUACCAGUGGCAAACUGUUUCAGUUCACCUUGCCACAACCUCUGACAAGCCAACAAACACAAUUUAUAACAGUUCCUCAACCCAAUCUUACAAAUUUUACUACACAGUUGCACCCCCAACAAUCUCAGUCAACAAUGCAGGGUACAAGUGGACAAACUGAAAAGAAACCCUAUGAAUGCACUCUUUGUAAUAAAACCUUCACUGCAAAACAAAACUAUGUGAAGCACAUGUUUGUCCAUACAGGAGAGAAGCCACAUCAGUGCAGCAUUUGUUGGCGAUCUUUUUCACUGAAGGAUUAUUUGAUUAAACACAUGGUAACACACACUGGUGUGAGAGCCUAUCAGUGUAAUAUCUGCAACAAGCGAUUCACCCAAAAGAGCUCCCUCAAUGUUCAUAUGCGACUUCACCGUGGUGAAAAAUCCUACGAGUGCUACAUCUGCAAAAAGAAGUUCUCCCACAAGACCCUACUGGAGAGGCACAUGGCACUCCAUGGCACUGGUUGCUCUGAGGUGACUACAUAUGUCUGUUCUGUCUGCCCAGCCAAGUUCGACCAAAUCGAACAGUUCAACGACCAUAUGAGAAUGCACGUUUCUGAUGGUUAAGGAACUAUGCUAAGAACAAAUUUGGAAUUAAUUUAAACAAAAUGAAAAUUUUAAAACAAAAAGAGCUGGCACAUUAUUACCAGCAGCAAGAUGUUCAAGAAUUCUUCAGGAUGGUGGCCUUAAUGCCUGUUAUUGUGUGUGCUCCACUGGCUGGAUGACCACUACAGGCCUCAAGAUUUUUUCCUCUCAUUCAGCUCUCAUUUAUUGCUAGCGUGUUGAACACUACAAAGGCCUACUAUCUCUACAGAUCUAAUCCAGUGUUGCAUUAUCUAAGGUGGAAAUUUUCUUUGAGAUCAUUACACAGCAUGAAGUCGAGUAAACUGUGGUAUGCAACAUCUUUUGAAGUACAAUACUUGGUAUGUAUUGACAUUUCUGUGUUAAGAUGGUCACAAAAUUUGCCUUUAACGGAGAUGACUUUGUAUGUAUAGUGGUUGUAAUGACACUGGCAGAUAUUUAUUAUUUACCUGCUGUGGACAGGUCACUUACACAGAGGGGUUUCAUUUUGAAUAUUAAAAAGGUUUAAUAUAUAAUGCAGCAUCCGUGCAACUGCAGUUAGGUACAAAAAUUUAUUUCUCAAAUGUGCAAACAACUCAUUGUUAUUGAAAUAUGAGGAAAAGCGCAGUGAGUUUUUUUUCUAAUUGCAGAUGGUUUCGAUAAAGUUUACUACAUGGAUGUGCAUUUUUUUUUACAACAGUAUUUGAGCAGAGGUGAGGCUUUUUGGAACUUUUGCGUACACUGCCACUAAUAUUCAGAAGACUGUUAAGGUUGUAAGAUCUCUUCCAGACAUUAGAUGAGCUGAAUUGAAGGAACUUUUCUCCCCCCACAAUGUGUAGUUGAUCACAUUCAAAAUUAGCAUAUAAUCAACGUGGUCUGUUUGACAUGCUGUCUUUUUGAUUGCUGCUCCUUUUUUGUCUUUUAUUUUAUCUUCAGAUUGUCAAUGAUGAGUAAUUCAAUCAAUAUUACAAUAUUUUGAUUAAUUUUUUUGUUGCCAUAGACAUAAUUAGAGUUUCAUAGUGUAUCUAUUGCAGUGCUGUAAAUCAGGCAGUCAGUCAUUAUAAUGAAUAUGAAGUAGAGAACAGCUUCAGUUGUGCACUAUGAAUAAGAUUUUGAGAGCAGAGGGUCUUGAUCAGUGCAAUUACAUAUUUCCUCAGAUGUCUUGUUCAAAUUGCUUGUUCUUACUUAUUCUUUCUUUAAAAAUUGAACAACUGUAGAGGAAAGUGCAAAGGUUUUUAUUAAUGUAUCUGUACAAAACAGAUACAAAUACUUGAAAUUUUCAUAUGCGCACAAUUUUAGCUGGGAAUAAACAAUAUACUGCAUAUGCUAGCUUUAAAUCAUUACCAUAUGCGUAGCAUUUUAUAGAACCCAGAAACUAAAUUGAAUGCAUCACAAAGUGCUUUUAAGCUUGUUUUGCCCUUCUUAAAUUCUGCAGAUGACCAGGCCUCAAACAUAUCACCGAUAGUAAUACAAGGUUUUGCUUCUUUUGGGGUAUAUUAGGAUCAAAUGCUUAGAGCAACUAAGAUAUGUACCUAUCUGACUGCAAAUUUAUUUGUAGGCAAGUUUUUUUGGCCAACUUUUACAUUGUACAUUUUCUAUUAACCACUCUAUUAUUUUCAUGGCAGUAUGUUAGUCUGGUCUGUACUCCAGCAGUUUUACUUGCAAGUUGUUGCACACGGUUACCCUACUUCUACGUCUACAUGGUGAAAUAUACUUCCUAUUAUACCUUCUUGUAUAAUAUGCAUGCAAAAACAUCAUUCUACUUGCUAAGUGGUCCAGUCUUACAUAUUACAUUUGAUGUCUGUAAUACAGCCUGUUUAGCAAGUCCUCACCCUAUUAAAUCAGAGGUGAUCACAAUUCCAUAUGCUGAUGCACACAAAUUUUUCAAGUUAUGCACCACACAAAACUUGCUACAUUUAUUCAUUUUUGCGAUAAGUUGAUGAAUAGACAGAGUCUUUCAUUUAAUUGCUUGUCUCCCAUAAUGCGUUUUGAUAAUCUUGCAUCUUAAUUUUCACAUUUUACUUUUCUUUGCCCUUCUUUAGUUUGAUUUCUAACCAUAGGAAUUAUUUUCUCGCACUCUAUAAGAGAGAAUGAGAGUCUACAAUUCAUCUAUCUCUUUUAAAACCCUUCAUAUGAUUGGUUUAUUCUGAAUAAUUUUUGACCAUGAGUGCUGACAAUCUUAGAAAGUAACUUCGCUUGUGGUGGCAGAGUUAUUAAAUCUGUCUCUGCAGAUGAGCUGAAUUAAAUAAUAGGACUGUAAUUAAAUAAUGAAUGGUGCAUCCAAGGUUAAUGAUUCUCUCUCCUAAUGUCAGUUUAGUUCCCUGUCAUUAUAGGGUUGUCUAUUCCUCCCAAAUCAGUUCCACCAAUUACACUACCAACACUUUAACUAAAAUGAGCUGUUAAUUUUUUAAAAUCAUAUAGGAAAUAAACUAAUAGUGGUGACUGCACUCCCUUUUUAAUGUCUUUGGUUGGUAAAUGCCCACGUAAAAAAAGUAGUGUACACUUUUGUUUGUUUUUCUAUGGCACUUUUUUAGCUGCUUCACAUCUACAUGUUUUAACAAUGUAAUACAGACAAUAUUUCAUUAAAUAUAAUGGACAUUUCAUUUGAUUAUGGAUAAAUCAUGAACAUAGAGAUUGUGAUUAUCAAUAUUAUAUUAAUUGUUUGGUUGCUAUAGUACACUGGAUAUAUGCUGUUCUCUUUUAAAAUUAGUGUAGACAUCAAGCUUAAAUUGUUAGGAAAAGUAGAAAAUAGCUUGGUCAACAUAUAUUUGAAAAUCUUUCUGCUAAUGUAAUAAUUCACUUUCAGUAUUUUGACUGACUGACAAUGAAACUCUACGAAAAAUAUGGCAACAAUUUUAGUUAACCUUUUUGGAGACAAAUAAGUCCCGUUGGCUUAACAUUAUGGAGUACAGAUUUAGAUCUUGAGAUUUUAAGGUGCAAAUAUGAAAGGAAGGGUGGUUGGCUUUACGCUAGGCAUUAGCCACAACAAGUGGAAGCCUCUCAAAUGAUAUAAGGCUAUUUUACUGGAAUAGUGUCCUGUGGAAGGAAUAUUUAACCAAGCUUAACUUUGCAAUGCAGUAUUUGUUUAUACAAUAGUACACAUUUACAUUUUAUUACAGAAUAGAUCUGCCUUGCAAUAUUAAAUGCAGUCACUUUGAAUCACUUGCUUAUCACCAGCCCGCUGCAUUCACAGUGUCUCUUGGUUUCCAUAGUAUUUGUCCUUUUUAUUCGGUGAGCCCAUCAGUCAGACAUAGGAAUGUGUACUAACAAGACAGUAUUAGAUUAUUGAAGUUCAAUAGUUAAGAAAUUGUGAAAUGUAGAAUUUGGUCUUCUGUAUGCACAACCCACUGUGUACUUAUGGCACACUCAAAUACCUUCUUGGGUAUUUCACUCUAUAUUUUUGGAAGCUUAAAAUUGUGAACCUUGGGGGCAAUGAAUACAAGUCAAAAAAUCAACAUGCAUUUUAAUAAUUGUAACCAACUAGUCAUCCUUAUUCUUGAUAUGGUUUGUUGCAUGAUUUAUUGGCAUAUUUUGUAUCAUCACUCUAUUAUGGAAAUUAUAUUUUAUCUCCCUUGUUUUGGGUGAUACAUAUAAGUUUACAUUGUUUACCUUGGCAACUAACCUGAACAUUUGUGGAAUCAUGUGGUUUAGAAUUUUUUUACAACUUCACAUUUGAAAACUACUGGACAAUUUUUAGUUUGUUUGAGCUACCUAUUGAGGAUAUGUCAUGAGCAAUGUGGAUUAGUGCCUUUAAAUAAUAUAUCAGAACAUGAUUUUCAGCCUGUGUUAAAUGCGAACAAUCCUGCAAACCCCCAUUUUAUGCAGGAAAAUUGUGGGCUUUCUUUUGAAGGUAUUGGUAGAUCUAGAUGUCUUUAAAGGUGAGGAGUAGCUUGUGGGAUAGCGUUAAAACUUGCUAGGUUGUGGAGCAAUGUUGUUCAGGUUUGCAUCUAAAGAUUCACACACCCAGUGAUAUUUUUGGAUUCUCUGUUAAAAUCUGAGAAAAUAGCAAACAAAACUAGAACAAACAUCUUUUGAAGAAGGGGAGAAAAAUAAAAGUUAAUAAUAAUGCCCCUGAACUUAUUGACAAAAGAUAAUUCUACUAGAUUUUUAAUACUACUUAGCCUGAGAAUUUGACUCUGAAAACUUACAACAGUAGGUGUUUUAAACAUUGUGUAAAAACUCCUGUUUAUUCAUAUUGACUGAUUAAUAUUCAACUUAAAGUUACUUAAACUGAAAGACAAAUGCCUUCUGAAAAUAUUGAUUUAUGUAAUAGAGAGAGCUCUACAGUCACAACUUUAAAGAACAAAGUGUGCAUAAUUAAUUACAAACCAGAGAACAAUUUAUAGCAGACCUGGUAUACCUUUAAAGUUGGUGUAUUCAAAAUAAUAUUUCAGCCCCAAAAUUAUAGGAAUAAAGAACUACACUGCCAAUAAUGAGCUUCCCAUAGGUUAGUAUUUUACAAAUAAACUCCCAUUGCUAGUUUAUGAACUUUGAUUGUUUCAUCAAUAUAGAGCUAUAGUUUAUAUAGUGAUUUCCAAUCUCCCUCUGUCUCUCACCCUUCUCCUGGCCUUCCCUUCUGAUACACUUGCUUUCUUCUACAGUGUAAAACCCAUCACAUUUCCACCUCUCUCUUCAGAUCUGAAAAUGUCAUGUUGUACUCAAACAUUAAUUUUCUUUCUUGCUCCACAGAUGGUGCCAGACCGAUUGAGUUUCUCCAGAACAUUGCUUUUAUUUCAGAUUUCCAGCAUUGGCAGUAUUUUUAAGUUAGUUUACUGGAAAUAAAAUUCAUAGCUAAUUUAUUCAGUUUUAAAAUUUAAAACUUUAACAAUCUGACCUUUCAAAUAAAAUUGCAUGUUCCCCUAAUCCCUUGCUGCAGAAUUUGUGUUGUGAUCAUACAAUAGUCAACUAACAUGUAAAUCAUGGUCACAUAAAUUCAUUCCUGCCUUAAUUUGAUUUUAAUUUUAUCACUUAACAGAAUUAAAGAUUUUAAUAUAGCCAUUUCACAGUUACACAGGAACAGAGAUAAUUGUGAGGGGAGAAAAGGGCCUGUACAGCAUUAAUUUUGUUUAAAGAACUAGUAGGAGUGCCUCUUUCGAUGCUCAACAGCAAGUGGGUUGUACACAGAAGAUUAAACAAAUUAAAGUGUGCAAUCAGUUUGUGCCAGUGGAAUAGUCCAUUGAUACUACAUUUAAUCAAUUAGACACCUUUUUUCUUAACAUGUAAAUAGAAGAUAUGGGUCAAUAUAAAAACAACUUUGGUAAAGAUCCAGUACUUUGUAUUUUAAGGUUUUUUUUUCAUUUAAUCUGUACGCCUAUGUGGUUGUGCAUUCUUUCAACUUUUAAAUCAUGUUUCCGUUAUGAUUCUUUGCUUCAUUUAGAAUUUGUUAGUAUAAUUUUCGAGGGUACAGUUCUUUUUUUUUAAUGGAGCAGGAAACAAAAGCAUUUUUGUAGCCUUUUAACUAUUGUAUUUAAAGCUACAAUUUGAAUUGAAAUUUUAACUAUUUUUCUUUCAACAUAGCUAAAAUGUAGUGAACGAAUUUCAGAAUUGAAUUAGAAAGACUUGUACCAAGUAAAUUUUACCAGUCUCUAUAUCUCAGUUUUAGCCCAGAACUACAGGUUAUCCUUUUAAAUAAAAUAUAACAUCUGGAACCUUAGAAGCUUGAAAAAAACAUGAAGCACUGCUAGGUUGUCGGUAGUGUUAUAAAUUGUUUUUGUUUUAUAAAUCUCGUAGCUUUAAGGUUCGUUUCAUUCGGACGCAAAUAAAACCUAGUCAGCAUCGGCAGUAGUACACUCCUGUUGUAUUCCACAAUUCUAUACUUUGAUUUGUAAAAUUUAUAAUGAUCCUACUCUCUGGAUGCCAGUGUAAGAUUUUAAGUGUCCAAGUGGUAAUACAUUAUUUUGUUGCUGUCUUGUAAAGUCAGCACAACCCUAAGUGUGCAAGUUAAUGGUGGUGUUAUGCACUGAGAUAACUGCACUGCAUGUAAGGUUUCCACUACUGACCAGAAUUCACACUUAAACAUUUGCACACAUAAGGGCUAAUUUUUUUUUCUUGUGAGGGACGGGAGGGAGUUAUUGCAUUUGAAUAGAACCAAACCAGUGUUAGUGUCACAUCGAGUCAAUGCUCAAAGGUAGUCACCUAAACUAAAAUUGAACCCACAGGUGGGAACACUAGUACAGGAUACUAGCUGGUAACACAUUAUUUGAUAUGACACUAAUUCAGCACUUUGCUUUCCCUGUAAAUGAACACUAACCCAAAAAUUUAAAUCGGUUAACAUUUGUGACAAAUCUAUUGAAUUUAUUAUGCCUUGACAUCUGCAUUUUUGGGUUUAUUGUUUCUGGGAGUUACUUGGAUUAAAAAAGUAGAAUUUAUAGGGAAAAAUAAUAAGAUGUCGUCUUUCUACCGAAAUGCAGCUAUUGUAUCCAGACUAUUCAAAAUCAGUUUUCCUUUUCAUUUUUUUUUCUCUGAGGCUUUGGUACCAUGCACUUUUUACUUAGGGAUAAAGUAUAAUGUCUUCUGUGUAUAGGCUGCUAGAAAGGUUGUCUACAUGUUAUUAUAUGUGAAAAUUCAUUGGAUUUUACCUUAGUUAAAUUGAGUCAGAGAAUCAGGAAUUUGUGAAAAAAGCAGGCUAGAACAUAAAUGUCCACAAUGAAUGAACCGUUAGACCAUUAAGGCUUCCUGGCUGUUGGUCUGUCUCUCUGGAUUUGGAACUUGUGACCUAGGACCAAGUCACCUACAGCUUACAGCAUUUAUUGCAUUAUUGGUGCACAGUUCUCAUUCAGUUGCAGGGAAGAGCUAAUGGAGAAAUCACACAUAUUGGAAUAAAUUAGCUCUAAAACUCAGUCUGUGUCUUAAAUCGAGAAAUUGAUUAGUUUAAAUGUGCUGGCAUCUAUAAUUUCUCCAUGUUUCUGCAGUACCUUACCUGCUUCAAAUUUUAUCUGACCCUGUAGCAGACUAUGGAUGUAUUGCAAUGGGUGGCACCAGUUUAUGUAACAAUUAAUUUUCUCUUUAUUAAUCUAUCACUCGAAUGGUUUUAUCUCAAUUUCAAAAAAAAUUAGGUAUUAAUGACUUAAAAAUGCAGAUGUCCAUUUGCAGCCUUUGCCAAAAUAUGAUUUGUUUCAAAAGUAGAAUCUGAUUGCCUUAAGACACUUAAGCAACAGCCAACCAUUAUGUUGGAAAAUCAGACAGUAGCAUAGUUUUCCCUAAGUACAGUAUAUCAGAUUCAUAGUUUACUAUUGUGCACCUUCUUUCUACUAUGUUAGCCCAACACUGUCAUUGAUAAUUAUUUUAUUUGUUUUAAUGUGACUACUGUAGACCAAAAAAAAAUUAAAUUUCACUAUUUACCCAAUCUUAUUCCAUUUAAUUUAUUUUACAACUCAUGUUGGGAAAAGCAUAAAGUAACUUUAAAAGAUGACCUGAAAGCAUCAUUAAAAAAGUGAAAACUUUUGAGACUGCAGUUGCAAAAAUAUGAAAGAAGAUAGGUUUGGUUGCUCACAGAUUAUUGUAGAUUAGUGGGUGAAACCAUUUCUUGACCUAUAUCUUACAUUCUCACUCUUUUCCUUGCAGCUACUGUUUCUUUCUUUUUUAUAUAAUCUGCUUUUUUUUAUUUUUGUAAGCAGUUUAUCUCCAUUUAAGAUGAAAAUUUAUCACAGAUUGUGUAUUUUUUGUUUUGUUAUGGAAAGCACUGGACAAGUUUGACAUCUCCUUUAAUAAUGGGUGAUGUACAAUGAUUUUGAUUGCUUGCUGAAUGUUUUUUAUUCCUAAUUAUAAAACACUAGGAUGGUUUUGCAUCUUCCAUAUUUUAUGCAAAAACAUGUAUGUGCCCUAUACUUAAAAGAAGCUCUAGAUGGCAUUUUCUAUGUUUUGUGGAGAAUAAUCCUUUUGAAUGGUAGGAAAAUAUUUUUUGUUGUGUACUAUUUUAUAUUUUUAAAAUGAUACAUUUAUUGGUAUAAGACUGUUUUGGUGAAGGAAUUAAAUGAAAACAAAGUCUGCCCUUAAGAAUGCUGCAGUAACCUGUUUUGAAACUAAUUAUUGAUGUGUGUUCAAUUGGUUUUGUCUGUUUAUUGUUACAACAGUUUGUAUUUACUGCUGUUCCUCUGAUGAUUAAUUAGGGGUUUUUAAGGGCGUUUUUGAUUUGUCAAACACACUGGAUUGUGAGUCUUUUGUAACGUGUAGGACUAUUUUUGUGAUAGAAAAAGCAGCACUGUCUAAACUGUUCCUUUUGACUGCCAAUGCCCUUGAAUAUAAAAUAAUGGAUUAAAACUGGGCAGAGUAUUGAAAGGGACAAACUGGAGAUAUUUAAUGCACACCAAUAUAGGAAGACUAAUGCCCAUUGUUAGUGGCACAUCUUCUAUUUUAAGUUUUUACUUGCUUCACCUGAGCACUGACAUAAGGAUUUUAGUUGGUUUUCCUUGUUUGGGUCAGAAAGAUCUACAUACAUUAUGAAAUAUACCCUUCAAAAGAAUGAUAUCAUGAAUUCUGCAUACCAUUGUACAUCUUCACAUUUUACAGAUUUAUACAAAGUUGAAUCUUAUGAUGAAAUGCAGAUAGUAAUGCACCUAAAGACAUCGAAAAGUGAUACCUACACUGAAUGGAAUAUGCCCUUUCCUGCUUGAGCUUGAUUGUGUCGUAAGACGGGUGCCUAUAAUUCUCUAAGAAUUCUGGUCCAAGAUAAUUGUUCUUCCCUGAGUAUUCAGUAUUGCACAUAUGCCUUUCUGCUUCUAUAACAUACACAUUAAGUCUAUGUGCCUUCUGUUUUUAUUUCUAUUAUAUUGACAUUUGAAUGGUGAAAAAUCAGAAUAAGAGCUUUUAAACCAUUCCAAAUAAAGGUUUGUCUUGUUCUAGAGCCCAGCCUUCUUCCAACAAACAGCGUUCAGACUUAGAAAAAUAUCAUUAUAAUAUGAGCACUGAAUUGUAGAUUUUUGUUGCUUCUGCAAUUUUAUAAAAGAGUCUAUAUAAAUUUAGAUUCCACUGUGAUUUUAAUGUCCAAAGUUAUAGUUUAUACUUUUUCAUGUAUUGGAAGUGUGCUUUUUAAUGAAUAUAAAUAUUACCUUGUUUAAUGGAAUGAUAUAACACACUGAACCUAUUUUUGUUGACAAUUCUAUUGAAUGAAUUAAAGUGCAUUUUACUUCUGAAUUUCUAUGGUAGAACAUCCAUGUUGCCUUUGGUAUACACUUGCAGCUAUUCACUUUGAAAACUGAACAACAGUAAAAACAGUUUGCAAGUGUAGUAAACAUACUGUAUUUGGGAAUUCUCUGGGCUAAUAGAUUACGAGAGUAGCAUCGGCAUCAUAUAAAGUAAUAUUCUUAGUCGUCAUAAGAGUGCCUGCUCUAUAUUCAUUAUCAUGUUGAUCUUCCUAAAAAACACAAAAUGUCUGUAGAAGUCAAGUAGCACAAAAUUCUAUAGAUAUUGUGCUUAAUGCACUAGUCAAUUAUUUGUAGGCCAAAAGUACAAUCGUACAAAAAAUUGUAACUUUCACAUGUUUUGCACAUGCUUCUAGUUCACUAGUUGAGUAUAUUCCUAGUCAACUUGGCUAUAAUUGGUUACCACCCAAAAAGAACAUAGUUUUGUUUUGAAUCAUAGCACCUUGGAUUGAACUAUCAUCAGUCUGUACCUUUCAAGCCAUCUUCUCAUUUGCAAAUAGGUAUUUAGAUAAAAUAGAAAAUAGAGAGUUUGGCCUAAAAUGUAUGUUUCUGAUGAAGCUCAAAAGAUGAAUUGUGUACUGGCAGAGCAUUUAUUAAAUGUGUUAAUUUAUUCUAACAGUGUAUAAUAUGGUACUUCACAAUGAUUCUGUAAUGUCUACUCUAUCAAAUACAAAUGUGCACCAAAUCAAUUCUGCUUUGCAACUUAAGUAGGAACAAUUCAAAAUGGAACAUAUAUAAAGAAGUGCUGUUUAUUACUUUGAAAGGAAAAUUGAAAUCAUUUCCUUGAAAAGAAUAAACAUUCCUCCUACAUAUUUUGUACCUUGCACUUGGAUUCUUAGUCUAUCACUUUUAUGCCAAAUAAAAUAAUGGAUAACUUUGUGAAGUCUUUAUUGAUCUGUACAGCCUUAUCCUGUGAGCCCAGUGCAUUUGAUCAAAGAAGGUCCAUUUUCUCACACUGUCUGCUAUAUCUGUAAAGAACAGUCUUAAAUUUGAGGAAACCCUAUGAUUUAAUUCAAAGCUAUGUAUGACAGGGUAGGUUUACUCUUUGCCAAAGUCUCCUAGGAGGAUGCUUAUUAAAUAUUUCCAGUGUCAGUGCUGCUACAAUGUAUGAGAAAUGAGACUCUUAUGUCAGUACAAAUUUGCAGUGGUCUGUGCUGAAGGAGAUUAGUUAAACCAUGCAGUGGUCAUUUCAAUGUUCGCUUGUCAUGGUUGAGCCAUCUUGGUACAACAGGUGAAAACUAGCGUUUUGGGUUUUUUCAAACAGUUGAAUAAACUUGUCUUGGUGUAAGGGAUCACUUUAGAAAUGUUGGCUUGUUAUAUUUCCAAAAAAUUAGAUUGUGAAGCACCUUAUGCUUGUUGACUAAUUUUGUAGAGGUCAACAGUUUACUGUUUCUGUUCUGCACCUUACCUGUGGUACGGAACACGUACCCUAUUUUCCCUUUUAUAGCAUCCUGCCUUUUUUGCCUUGUGUAUGAACCCUUUAUCUAAUAUUAAGGGAUUUGUUAAUUCACAUUAAGGGUCAAAUGAGAAAUUUACAAAGCUACCCUGGGUAUAGUGCUUAAAUCAGGUUUAAGCCUGUUUCUUCUUCCCUCUGAAUACAAAUGUGUGUAUUAACACACAAGAAGGGGAGUUUAGCAUGCAACAAAAGUGAAAUAUCUCUAAUUGAAAAGUAAAUUUUAAAAAGCGAGUUAGCACAAGGCUUUCAUUGCAAUUGAAUUCUAUUUGUAUUUUUGACGAUUUCUUAGUUUUAAUCGGGAAACUUAAAAUUACCCUUGACUUAAUGCAUGGAAUAAAAUAUCAGUUUCUCAAAGUAACAUGAAACAAAAGGGGUUCAAAACUAGCAAGCACUAAAUUGCCAUGUUAUUACUUCUGAGGUGGCUUUUUGGCCUUUUCAGUUGACCCUCCAAACAACAGGCUAGCAUUUUUGAGGUGAUCUCCAACUUUUCCCCCAUUUACUAUAGUACAGUAUGUUGGUAUAAAUUCAAGUACAAUUUUCAAGUGCUUUAAAUCCUGCCAGAUUUAUUAAAGCAACCGUAUCCUAACUUGCCAUUUAUUAGACUGUAUUUCUCAUGUAUUACCUGUGACAUGUGUAUUGUUAACUAGCUGUAUGCUUCAUUAUGUUAUUGUGACAUUUGAAUACUGUGAAGUUUUAUCUGCAUACUUACUUUAUACUGAAGUAUUAAGCCUUAAAUUUGUUCGUGUGAAAGAAUAAUUGACAUUCUGGGGAUGAAGAUUUCUUUUUUUAAUGUUACCAGCACUUUUUUGUAAGUUUCACUUUCCAAGUUAUUGUAAAGUUCACGCUGUAGUGAAGUUUGAACAUGAAGGAAUAAAAACUCUAGUACUUUCCUG